AUGGUCUACGGCGACCGUAUCCACAUAGUAGGAGACAACUACUACCAGCCGAAGACUGUUUUUGGAUUACAGGUACUCCAGUGCUGCCUCAACAUAAUAUUAAUCUUCUGGAUACGGCUAUAUUUGCGGAUCUUGCUCAAAUCAUCGGCGUGCCACCCGAAUCUAUUAGUGCUCCUCUCGGCGCAGCCGUUGAUUCACCUCCUAGCCCUCACGGCGCGGAACAUCCGCUUUUUGGCGGAAAGCGCGGGGCUUUUGACCGAUCGUCUACUCAUUGUGCUCAAUUUUAUCUCGGAUAUUGGCAUCUCCGCCACCUGCAUCAUCGUCCUGGGGUACUGUAUCGAGCGCAUAAUAGCGAUGAGGAAUAUCGAGAGUUAUGAGAGGAUGUAUCGGCCAAUACCCUGGCUGGGGUUGGGGAUACUAUUUAGCUCGCUCCUUUACGCAACAAUCCUCUUGACACUGUGGUACGAGCAGAUCCUCAAAAGCAUGAUCGUCUACAUCGCCCAGAUUGGGCUGUUCUCCUGCUCGGGUUUUUUUUUCAUCGCUAUCAAAAUCAACGCUGAUCGGGCCUAUCAGAAAAUGGCUAGGCAUCGAUAUUCGAGCGUUAAUCAACGCUACCAAACGGCAAUGAACUUCAAGGCCGCACAGCUUUUGUUGUAUUUAGCGCCGUACAAAUGCUUGUCGUCAUUCUUCAUUCUCGUCGGUUAUGCGUGGGUCUACGACCGUGUCGAGCCCCAAUACGUGCCGCUAUGUAUCGAGGUUUUCUUCCUCUACAAUUAUUUGCAGGUCUCACUCCAAAUCCUGCUCGUCCUCCUCUGCCAUUCGACGCUCCGACGCCUUCUCCUCGACGCGUUCGGAUUAGGGCGCAUUCGCAAACGCAAGAUCAGCGACGUCUGCGUACGCUCCAUCACGGGGUCCCGGCUGGAAUUCCGCUCAAAUGCCGCCACUGACCUCUACUUUGCUUCUCUCCAGAAAGCCUGGGAAUACUCGGAAAGAAAAGAGCAGCCGGCUGCACCACAGAGUCCGGAAAGCAUCCGGAAAGCCAGUGAUUUGUAUCGAGUAGCG